GCCUGCCAGCGCCGGUCCUGCCAGUGCCAGGCCUGUCGUGUGUGCCAGGCCUACCCGGAGACCACCAUGGUGAAGCUGGUGUUGCCCAACCCGGGCCUGGACGACCGGGUCCCGUCCCUGGACCAGCUGGAGAUCAUCGAGCAGAAGGAGGCCAGCUCCCGGCCCAAGUGGGACAACAAAGCCCAGUACAUGCUCACCUGCGUGGGCUUCUGUGUGGGGCUGGGCAAUGUGUGGCGUUUCCCCUACCUGUGCCAGAGCCACGGAGGAGGGGCCUUCAUGAUCCCGUUCCUCAUCCUGCUGGUCCUGGAGGGUGCGCCUCUGCUGUACAUGGAGUUCGCCAUUGGCCAGCGGCUGCGCAGGGGCAGUGUGGGCGUGUGGAGCUCCAUAAAUCCAGCCCUGAAAGGCAUAGGAAUCGCCUCCAUGAUCGUGUCCUUCGUGGUGGGCUUGUACUACAACACCAUCAUCGCGUACAUCAUGUGGUACUUCUUCAACUCCUUCCAGGAGCCUCUGCCCUGGAGCCAGUGCCCCCUCAACCUGAACCACACAGGCCGCGUGGAUGAGUGCGCCCGGAGUUCCUCUGUGGACUACUUCUGGUACCGAGAGACCCUCAACAUCUCCACCUCCAUUGACGACUCGGGCUCCAUCCAGUGGUGGAUCCUGCUGAGCCUGACCUCUGCCUGGAGCGUGCUGUACGUGUGCAUCAUCCGCGGCAUCGAGACCACAGGCAAGGCCGUGUACAUCACCUCCACGCUGCCUUACGUGGUGCUGACCAUCUUCCUCAUCCGCGGCUUGACGCUGAAGGGGGCCACCAAUGGCCUUGUCUUCCUCUUCACACCCAACGUCACAGAACUGGCCAACCCCAACACCUGGCUGGACGCGGGCGCACAGGUCUUCUUUUCCUUCUCGUUGGCCUUUGGGGGCCUCAUCUCCUUCUCCAGCUACAACUCUGUGCACAACAACUUCGAGAAGGACUCUGUGAUCGUGUCCAUCAUCAAUGGCUUCACAUCUGUGUUUGCGGCCACCGUCAUCUACUCAGUCAUCGGAUUCCGGGCCACAGAGCGCUUUGACGACUGCUUCAAUGCGAACAUUCUGACCCUCAUUAACGGGUUCGACCUGUCGGAGGGCAGUGUGACCCAGGAGAACUUCGAGUCCAUGCAGCAGUGGUGCAACGCCACUAACCCUGCGGCCUACGCACAGCUCAGGUUUCAGACCUGUGACCUGAAUUCCUUCCUCUCUGAGGGUGUGGAGGGCACGGGCCUGGCCUUCAUCGUCUUCACGGAGGCCAUCACCAAGAUGCCCGUGGCGCCGCUGUGGUCGGUGCUCUUCUUCCUCAUGCUCUUCUGCCUGGGCCUCUCGUCCAUGUUCGGAAACAUGGAGGGCGUGGUGGUGCCACUGCAGGACCUCAACAUCGUUCCCAAAAAGUGGCCCAAAGAGCUAGUGACAGGCCUCGUCUGCCUGGGGACGUACCUCAUCGCCUUCAUCUUCACGCUGAGGUCUGGCCAGUACUGGCUGUCUCUUCUGGACCAGUAUGCCGCCUCCAUCCCCUUACUCAUCAUCGCCUUCUCUGAGAUGUUUUCUGUGGUCUACGUGUACGGCAUGGACAGGUUCAAUGGUGACAUCAAGUUCAUGAUCGGCCACAAGCCCAACCUCUUCUGGCAGGCCACCUGGAGGGUCAUCAGCCCACUGAUCAUGCUGGUUAUCUUCUUGUUCUUCUUCGUGAUCGAGAUCAACAAAAAGCUCUCCUACAUCGUGUGGGACCCUGACUACGAGGACUUCCCUAAGUCCCAGAGGAUCACGUAUCCGAACUGGGCCUACGCAGUCGUGGUCAUUGUGGCUGGGGUGCCCUGCCUCCUCAUCCCCUGCUUUGCCAUCUACACACUCCUCAGAAACCGUUGCCAGAAGCCAGGAGACCAGCAGGGGCUGGUCAGCAUGCCAUCCACAGCCUCGGUGAACGGGGACCUGAAGUGCUGAGUGUCCCGGACCACAGCAGGCAGCAGGUGGUGUGGGUGGAACCAGCCAGAGCCUUGGCGGGGGGCGGGGCUGCCAAGCCUGAGUACACACGCGUGUUGUUGCAGUGCAUGCUUACCAUUUGCUUAUGUGGAAGUUUUCACAUUUGCAUGUGUCUACGUGGUGCAGGUGGGUACCUGUGUAUGUAUGCACUGUGUAUGUAUUAGCAUGCACUGUGUCUGUUCUGCAUGUGUGUGUCUGUGUAUACACACACAUGUGUGUGCAUAAGUAUUUACAGGAGUGUGUCCAAAUGUUUGAAUACAGAUAUAUAUUUGCA